UUUAUAAAAAUUUAAAUCAUUUAUCGUAGAUAAAACAAUAAUUUUAGUUAUUAAGAACUCACGUAAAAUAAUACCUUUGAAAUAUUUUUUAUUUUGGAUCAAUUUAUUUAUAAAUAACCGUGAAAAUUGCAAAAAAACAUUGAAUGUAUGCAAAUGAAUUCAGAGUUUUUAAAUAUAAUAUAUCCUUCAAAUGCAGUGCUAUAGUGUACAGAUAAAAAACUAGGCCAUUAUGAUAAAAUCCACACUUCCCUCUAUUUUGCGAGAAGAAAAAAAAAAUUGAAAUGCAACUAAUGAAUCAUUGAAUAAAAAGAGUCUUAGCUCAAAGGUGAUACGGUUAAAGUAAGCACAUUAUUAUCGGCAAUAGUCGCGAUUGUGUAUAUGAGGCGUAAGUCGCAAUAGUAUCACACACAGGAGACACGCACGCUCGAGCGUUAUUAUACUUGCUUCAGUCGGCUCCUAGCAUCAUAUCGAGACUCGUGUUUGCCUCAUCGUAGAAAAGACUCGCGGAUAGAUAUAAUGGCCGAGACCUGCACGAAGCAACAUGGGAGCUGCGGUCCAGGAUACGCGAGCCCGAGAGAGGCCAUGCUGCACGGACCUCGGGAGAAAAUACUCUACGUCAACUGCGUGCACACGGACGUCGAUAAGCCGGACGCCUUGGUGACGGUAGACGUCGAUCCUAGCAGUCCGACUUACUGCCAGAUAAUCCACAAACUGAGUAUGCGAGAAGUGGGUGACGAGUUACACCACAGUGGAUGGAAUAUAUGCAGUAGCUGUCACGGACAAGCAAAUGAAAAACGCGACACCUUGGUUCUGCCGUGCCUCAUGUCCGAUCGAAUUUACUUUGUCGAUUUAACCAACGAAAGAGAGCCGACGAUCAAAAAGACUCUCGAGCCGGAGGAAAUGCACAGGCACGGAGUGGCCACGCCGCACGCGGUCCACUGCUCGCCCACGGGCGAGAUCAUGAUUUCGGUGCUGGGCAAUCCGCGGGGCGACGCGCUCGGCGAUUUUCUCCGCAUCGACAGCAAGAGCCUCGAGAUCCUGGGCACCUGGACCCGAGGCGAGGAGCGAGCCAAGUUCGGCUACGACUUCUGGUACCAGCCGUACCACGACGCCCUCAUCGCCACCGAGUGGGGCGUGCCGAACGUCUUCAAGCGUGGCUUCGCCUCGGAGGACAUCGAGGGCUUAGGGCAUUACGAUGAAAUCUACGGCAGGAGUCUGAACUUUUACUCGUGGAAGGAUCGCAAACUGCAGCAAGUUAUUAAUUUGGGCGAAGAGGGUAUCGCACCCCUGGAGGUGAGGUUUCUCCACGAUCCAAAAAGUUGCGAGGGCUACGUCGGCUGCGCCGUCAAAUCGGUCAUCUAUCGAUUCUACAAAAAUGACCAAGGCCGAUGGACCGCCGACGACGUAAUCAAAGUUCCAGCCAAAAAAGUCGAUGGUUUCUUAUUUCCAGAAAUCAAUGGCAUGAUCACGGACAUUCUCAUAAGCCUGGACGACAAGUACCUGUACUUCUCGAACUGGCUUCACGGGGACGUGCGCCAAUACGACAUCAGCGAUCGCGCCCGACCCCGUCUGACCGGGCAGAUAUUUUUGGGAGGCAGCAUACUUUCGGACUCGAAAGUCCGGGUACUCGAGGAUCGGGAGCUGUCCAAGCAGCCCGAGCCGCGCUACAUCAAAGGCCGCCGGCUCGAUGGCUCGCCGCAGAUGCUGCAGCUCAGCCUGGACGGCAAGAGACUCUACGUCAGUACCUCCAUUUUCAAACCCUGGGACAGGCAAUUCUACCCUGAACACGUCAAGAAUGGCUCAGUAAUGAUGAAACUUGAUAUAGACACAGAAAAUGGUGGUAUGAAGCUUGAUGAAAACUUCUUAGUCGAUUUUGGAAGUGACAAAAAUGAUAUUAUGCUGGCUCAUGAAAUGAGAUACCCCGGCGGAGAUUGUACUUCUGAUAUUUGGCUAGCUAAUGAAGAUAAAGAAUGAAUGUUACCGUAAAAAUUUUUAUAAACAUUUUAUAUUUUUCAUUAUAUCAAAUAAAAAAAGCAAAAAUCAAAAUUGGCAUAAUAUAUAUUGUAUUAUUAUACACAUAGACGAAGAACGCCUGCUGGACUGGGGCCCUUUUAGCCCAAAAAUUAUUUAGUGGUUCAGCCCCUGCGUAAUGAUAAUCGAAAUACAAUUCGAUCCAGUCUAGGCAAAGACGGUUUUGCCAAGAAUCACAAAAAGCAAUUGCUCGAGAACUCAAGCGGUUGAAAAUGAUGGCGCAACAAGUACAAAAAUCAAAUAUUAUUUUUUGAAAGUUCUGUUGAAAAAAAAAAUAUUAUCCGAAGUUGAUGAUAUAUUGGUGCUCUCUUUGCGAAUGUAUUGGCAGCACUUUUCCAAUUUUCGCGUAAUAAUUUGUUUUUAAAAAGAAAUGCAUAAUGCAGACGUAAUUUAAAUUGCCGAAUAAUCUACAUACGUAAAUAUCGAGUCCUAAAUUCUGUCGGAUUAAUUAAAAGGGCGCCCACGAUACGA